AUGGUCAACCAGAGCUCCCCAACAGGCUUUGUCCUCCUGGGCUUUUCUGAACAUCCAGGACUUGAGAAGAUCCUCUUCAUGGUUGUCUUGACUUCCUACCUCCUGACCCUGGUGGGAAACACGCUCAUCAUCCUACUGUCCGUCCUGGACCCCAGACUCCAUUCUCCAAUGUACUUUUUCCUCUCCAACCUCUCCUUCCUGGAUCUCUGUUUCACCACAAGUUGUGUCCCCCAGAUGCUGUUCAACCUCUGGGGCCCAAAGACCAUCAGCUUCCUUGGCUGCUUUGUCCAGCUCUUUAUCUUCCUGUUCCUGGGGACCACUGAGUGCAUCCUCCUGACAGUGAUGGCCUUUGACCGCUAUGUGGCUGUCUGCCAGCCCCUCCACUAUGCCACCAUCGUCCAUCCCCGCCUGUGCUGGCAGUUGGCGGCUGUGGCCUGGGUCAUUGGGCUGGUGGAAUCAGUAGUUCAGACCCCACCUACCCUCCGCCUGCCCUUCUGUCCCCAUCGGCAGGUAGAUGACUUUGUGUGUGAGGUCCCAGCUCUGAUCCGACUCUCCUGUGGAGACACCACCUACAAUGAGAUCCAGAUGGCCAUUGCCAGUGUCUUCAUCUUGGUCGUUCCCCUCACCCUCAUCCUUGUCUCUUACGGUGCCAUCGCCCGGGCAGUGCUGAGAAUUGGCUCUGCAACAGGAAGGAAGAAGGCUUUUGGGACCUGUUCCUCCCAUCUCAUUGUGGUCACCCUCUUCUACAGCUCAGUCAUUGCUGUCUACCUCCAGCCCAAAAAUUCCUACGCCCAAGAGAGGGCUAAAUUCUUUGGUCUCUUCUAUGCGGUGGGCACUCCUUCACUCAACCCUCUCAUCUACACGCUGAGGAACAAGGAGGUAAAGAGGGCAUUCAUGAGGCUGCUGGGGAAAGAUGUGGAUCCCAGGUAA